AGAUACUUCUUCUGUGUUGUCACUAAUAUCAGAUGAAAUUCAUCUUUUAUGUUUUUAGGAUAAAAGUGACAUAUCAGUAUGGGAAAAACUUCCAGAUGAGGAAUAUGAAGUGAAGCAACACGACUCUUCCCAAGAAGACGAAGAUAAUUAUCUUGUUCUAUCCACGGAUGAUACCGAGGAAGAAAGUUACGGUGCAAGUAAUGCAGGCAUCUCUGUAGUACGUGACACUCCUAAUGAUGUUUCAAUCCGACAAAAUCGAAGUAAAUCUGUAGAUCGUCAAUCUACUGUUGUUCAACGACUAUCAUUUGUAACAGUUGUUCAAAAGGAGGUUACAAUCAUUGUCAAUGAAAAAGAUAAUGGAAUUUCUUAUGCAGAAGAAUGUCUACAACUGAACCCAUCUGAUCUUCCUAGCAACGUAAUUCAGUAUCGUUUUGGAUUGAGUCUUAGUCAACGUUCAUUUCCGCAGCAUCAAAGGAUAGAUCUAGCUCAAUUAUGCUCCCAUCUACAAUUUACAAAAAAGAAUCGUCCAUUUUGGAUUAUGUUUAAACCGCCAUUACAAUUUCAAGAUUCGAGAUUAGAUUACGAACUAAAGAGGCAAAUAGGUCCAAAAGUAGAACGUAGAAGAGCAAUUGGUCGAGUAAAUCGAUUUCAAACGAUUGAAUUAGAAAUGAACUAUGGUGCUCUAUUAUCAAUGGACCAGUAUAACUACUCAUCUUCGUUUACACGGAAAAAUACUCAAUCUAAAUGGACAUUUGCUUUCUUCGAUAGACAAAUUGAUCUAGAAAUAGCAGAAAAUGGUUCAAAAACAAAACAAUGUAUUUUAGAAGAAAACAUUGAUCAUACAGCCAUAUUUCAUCUUAACAAUAAUGGAUUUAUUCUUUAUCUUUGUCAAAAAUGCAACCUCGUUGAGUAUGAGACACAAAAGAGAGGAUCUAGGCCACCCGCAACUCAUCGAAAUGAAAUCGCAGAAGAUGACGAAAAUCGUUCCAGGUCUCAAGGCCAUUAUUCACAGCGAGCAAGACAAGAACCGCUAGUAGCUAAGUCAAAUAAUCAACAACAAGAGAGAUACAAUCGAAAACCAUGUUCAUAUCAAAAACCUUAUCCAUAUUUUUCGACAAUUCAAUUUGUCGCUCGUAGUCAGUCAGAAAAUAUUCAACCUAUUCUAAACUUGUUCAAACACUUUUUACAAUUCUUCUCCAAAAACAAAAUAGAUGUUUGUUUUGGCUCUAUCAUAAGUGCACAGAAAGAUACUCAACAACUUGAUACAUACUUGUCAAGAAUUCAGUUCUUCUCAUUUAUUCAAAAUUAUAGUUUUCAAAUGUUAUUAAGCGCAGGAUAUCGUUUUCAAUUAAAAAUCACAGAUGAAUUUGUAGAAGAACUGGAAAACUUAGCUUCAAAAGGUGAUGAUCCAUUUUAUCGUGUUUCCCUUUAUUUGUGGCGAUAUUCAACAAGUAAUCAUUAUUUUAAUCCACUUGAUGAAUUAAAACACGCAUCAAAAGAAUAUGAUCGAAAAUUAGCUCAAGCUCAAUAUGAAAUGAUAAGUACGAUAAAUAUCAACUCAAAGAAAUAUACUUACGUUCCAAACGUAACAAUAACUCCUACAACAAUUCAAAUUAAACCACUGAAGUUAUGUCGAACAAACCGAGUUAUACGUGCAGUAGAACAGUUUGGUCAAUCUACAAAUUUUGCCUUAGUUGAUUUAAGAGAAGAAAAUGGGAGAGAUUUGCAAGCAUACGAUUUUAAAGGACUACGUCCACUAUUAAUGAAUUAUUUAAGUACAAAUGAGGGAUUUGAAAUUGGCAAGGAUCGAUGGUACAAAUAUUUACAUCAUUCACAAUCUCAAUUGAGAGAAAAACAGUUUUGGUUUUAUCAUGAAGAAAAUGGCUUUAAAACAUUAGAACAAGCCUACAAAUGGAUGGGAAACUUUAGCAAAGAAAAAGUGGUUUCUAAAUAUUCAGCAAGGAUUGCACUCUGUUUCACAAGUACAGAAGAAACUAUUGAGGUAAAUGUUCACUUUUACAGAGGAUUAGUAUUGCUUUAA